GGGGUCCCGCGGCCUCAGUAACGUGGGGGCGCGGGCUGGAUGGCGCCGGGGGAAGGGGUCUAGGAGGGAGGGGAGGGGAGGUAAGAAGAGAGGUCCAGAGGCCUCAGUGAGCUGGGGGCCGGGGCGGGCCUCGUAUCGCCACCGCGCCCAGACUCCGCGCGUGUGAAACGGGCCUGUCACAGGAGUGCCCGGACGUUUUAGAGGACAACUAGUCAGUGCCGGGGAGAGUAUGGAGCACACUCGGGACAUGAGGUGAAAGACGCGCGGAAGAGCAGCAACGGCUUUUCAGACCGCCGGGAGCUGGCGCGCAGAUUGCGGCCGGUGCGGGGGCCGGAAAUGGGCGGGGUAGGGGCGUGUCCUCAGGCGGGAGCGGCCAUUGAGGAUGGCGCACGGGCCGGAAGUGGGUGGGGCCGGGGCGUGUUCUCCGGGUAGAACACAGAUUGCGGCUUGCGCGGAGACUUAAAGGGGGCGGAGCGGGGCGGGGCGGGGCCAGCGGGAGUGGUAAAGCGGCCUGCUAGAAGGCCGGAAGUGGGUGGGGCCGUCCGGUGGGGGCGUGUCCGCGGUCGCGGCAAGGGGGCGGUGGCGGCUAGUCUGGCCGCAGCCUCGCGCAGGGAACCUAAGAAGCCGCUGGCCGCGUCUGUCCGGAAUCGGCGAAGUGCGCGGCCGCGGAUGGAGGGUCCGACGGAGUGCGGGGCCCGGGACCAGCCCAAGCUGCAGCAUCCCGUCGAGGGCGCCUUGGGCGGGCUGCCCGAGCAGCGCGCCGGUGCCCGCGGCCGCCUCAGGGAGCCGGGGGACGCGGCGGCCGUCCCCUGCGAACCCGUGGACGGCGCCCCGAGCGCGCCCCUGGGGAGGCGGCCCCGCAGCGGCCCCGCGGAGGAAGGCGCGCGGCCCGAGGCGCCGGGGGAUGUGUCCCCCGCGCUGCGGCCCGGCCGCCCCGCGCCUCGGGAGGCGGCAGGCGCCUCCCCGCAGCUGCGGCGCGGCCCCGGAGGCGCCGACGGCGCGGCGGCCGAGGAGGAGAGCGCGGGCGCGCUGACGCUGGACCCGCUGGAGCACGCGUGGAUGCUGUCGGCCGCCGACGGCCGCUGGGACAGCCUGGAGGGGCUGCUGGCCUGCGAGCCCGGCCUGCUGGCGAAGCGCGACUUCAUCACCGGCUUCACCUGCCUGCAUUGGGCGGCCAAGCACGGCCGGCAGGAGCUGCUGGCCCUGCUGGUGCGCUUCGCCGGCCAGCACCGGCUGCCGGUGAACAUCAACGCGCGCACGAGCGGCGGCUACACCGCGCUGCACCUGGCGGCCAUGCACGGGCACGUGGAGGUGGUGAAGCUGCUGGUCGGGGCCUACGACGCGGACGUGGACGUGCGCGAUUACAGCGGCAGGAAGGCCUCGCAGUACCUGAGCCCCAGCACCGCAGAGGAGAUCCGGACCCUGGUGGGCGCCCUGGACGAGGACGAAGUCGAGAGCGCGGCAGGCAGUGGGGGAGGGCGCUGGAGGCUCUCGAGGGUUCUGCCCUCGAACCUCAUCUCCGGCAGGCUCUCGCACGCGCUGGAGGACGGCGGGGAUCACCACCACCACCACCACCAUCAUCACCAUCACCUGGCCGAGGGAUUGGCUGCGGGGAAAGCAAAGGAGCCCAGUCGCAAAGCCUCUGGCAGCUCUAGUGGGCGGAUGAAACCCAGACUCAACAGAAUCCGCUUCCGAACUCAGAUCAUCCACACUACACCCUCUUUCAGAGACCCGGAGCAGCCCCUGGAGGAGGGGGAGGAUGAAGAGGAGGACCGGUCUCUUAAAGGCCACUCAUCCUCAUUCAAAUUGAGACCCAAGUCCAAUGUAUUUGGGUAAAAAUAAUUUCUUUUAGAAAGUUCUGAGACUUGUUUGUCGUCAGGACUAGGGUACUAGAUGCAGACAAGGAAUUGAGACCAGAAAAGGCUUAAGCUAAAUGUUGCAUUCUUACUUGGAGGGUUUAGAAAGGAUGGGGAGGAAUUCUCCCUAGCAGUAUGACUGCAGAGGUUUUCCAAGCAGUUCCUCAAACCUUGACCUAGGCUUCUUUUCUCCCUGCCAUCCUUCUGCCCUGGAGUCCCUGUUUUUAAGUACUAAAAAUUUAUCUAAUCGGGUACAGAGUUGAUGAUUGAGGGUUCCUUUGAUGUAAACAUUGUUGGAUGCCAUGCAAAGUAAGGAGUAUUGCGAAUUUAUUGUAUCUGUUUUUAAAAGUGGUUAACUCUUCCAAGAGCAACAGGAAAUGCAAAUUCCAAUGAAACUGGUAGUAUUUGUACAUGUGAACAAAACUACAUACUGCCCUAUCUUUUUACUAAUUGCAUUUGCUUUUUAAGAUACUAAUGAAGGUCAGGUCAGAGUUGAAGUGCACAAAUACUAGUUAGAGGAUAAUGUGAAUACAAUGGGGAAUUCUGUUGGUACCCUACUUGUAAGUAGUGUUCAACUUUUCAAAAGCAAUUUCAGCUUUAAUCACUGAGCUAAAGAAACAGGCAACAUUCACUUUUCAGUUUCUCUGUUGUGUGGUUUCCUCUUAACUCUAAUACCACUACACUCAAUAUUAAGGUACAUUAUAACUACACAAGUUUUUAUUUAAAGAAAAUGCUUUUAACAACCUAUGGUACUUUUAAGUAAAUAUUGCCUCGUUCUGAUUCUCACUAACUUGUUUUGCUUUUCUAAACGUCUGAAUUUGUCAGAGUUUUUAUCCUGGGGAUCAUAUAACUGUUGGUUCUACUUGACAUGACCCUAUUUGACGGUGCUUAGAGUUGAAUUGCUUACAGAAACUGUUUCUGUGUUAGAUGAUUAGCAAAAAUUGACAUAAAUGUUAGUGAGCUGAUGCUUCUGUGAAGUAAUUAUUAAAUCAACUUAAUGAUUCUCACAUAAGGUACACUUUUUAUUUUACUAAUGAAAUACAUUCGUAGUCUCAAUAGUUUGUAGCAAUGUUUUGCAAAUUUUAAAGUACUAAAUCUUUUCCAUUUUUCAACGUUUUCUUGAAUCUAUUAGAGACAGAGUGAAAUUAUUGGAAAGCUGGUUAGUAAAUCUACCCAGUUAAAAAUAGCACUUUAUAAAAGGGAAAAGAGAAUAGAUGGGACUAUUUCUAUAUUUAAAUGCUGCUGGGUAUUGAAUCCCUUUAUAUAUGUCAUUAAAAUUAAAGACUUGUUUAACUGGUUCUUUUCUUACAUUUCAUUAAAAUAUGUUAGGGUGAAUAUCUUAAUAAUUAUUGUUAAAUUUAACUCACAAGCAUAUUAAAUUCAUUUGUAACAAGAUUCAAAACAACUUGCAGGAGACUAAUUCCAAAACAUCCUUCUCCCUUGGUCUUUUUGGUCUCAUAGUUGCUGAAACAUAAGUAUUGCAACCUAAUAGAGAUGACAGAGUGAGUUAACAGCUUGCAGAAUGAAUGAACCAAUACAUGAAUUGCACAGAAUUGCAGUGUUUAGAGAGUUCUUAGAUCUUUAAUUUCCCAAGUUGUAGCAAUUUGUAACAAGUUGGUCACACCUCUCUAGAUGGCAAUUAAAUUUGUUUAAAGAAUAAUGAAAAACAUUCACAUAAAAUAUAUAAACCAUUGUCCGUUUGUGUGCCUUUACUUUUGUUUUAGGAUGAAAGUGGGCUGUAUACGUUUUAGAAGCACUUUUAUCCAUACAUGUGGGUGAAAAACAAUCUAAUUUUGUAUAAAUUAAAAUUAGGUUCCUUGAAGGUGAAAAGCAGUCAUUUGUUCUGAAUCAUACAUUGCCUAUAUCUAGUGCAGGAUAAAUUGUAACUUCUCACUGAGUCUUAGGUUUCAAGGACAGGUCAAGCCAAAGUGAACCAUAAAAACACUACAGAACCACCUCCAUGUUCUACUGAACAGUCAGUGUUAAUCUCUUAAUUGUGAAUGUUAGUGCCUAAUUGCACAAAAUCUAUAAUUUGCUUGGUCUUUAGAGAUUGAGUCAAUACUAAACUUGCUUUUCACAUUAAAGAUUUUAACUUUUAUAAUAAAAUAUACUUUAAAAUUUCAAAAAUCAUUCCUAGGGGAAUUACUUUAGCAUUCCUUGUCAUGAUAUACUUGUGACCAGUAAGUGCAGCAUUUUCAUCUACUUAACUCUGUUCCUCUUAUUUUUCAAUUUCCAAAUUGAGAGUGUAAAAAGAAGUGAUUUGUGUAAUUUGUUGUUUGUGGAGUUGUGCCUACCAUUAAUGGAAACAUGUAUGUCAGUUUCUCAGAGGUCUUUGAGGUGAAACUGUGGUUAGAAAAUCUGGGUGUGUCCAUGUGUUUCUUACAGGUGCACUGGAAACUAGUGAAUUUCUCACAGGUCUCUUCACUUUUAUGGUGUAUAGAGUGCAGUUAGCUUAUAAAACUUGAAAAAUGGCACUUAUUCAUGCCUGAAAUCUUGGAGUCCACAAUGCCUUGUCUUUUAUUUUUCAAAUCACAGAAACUUUGGAAGUUUAGAAUGUAAAAUUUGUAAAGUUUGUUAUGUCAGAAUAAAAGGUUCACACUAGA